AAUGGCAUAUCACAAGAAUUCUUUUACUUGGUCACCAACAGUUUCCCAAGUGUUAACUAAGACUUGUCUCAUCAAUCUUUAACCUUCUGUCACAGCCAAAUAAGGUCCUAUGCAUUUGAAAAUUGAUACUGAAAGAGAAUUAUAAUUCUCAAAUGAUUUAGGUUGGAAUUGGCAUAAAAGUUGGAAUAUACCAAAUCUAUCUAUUAAAUUACAACUUGAAGACGAAGAUACACCUUAAUGGAUAGAUUGUUAAGUAGUUAUCAAUAUUUAUAUUAGGCUUAAUUGAUGGCUGUAAAACUAAAUCAAGAUGGAGUCUAUGAAGAAGUAGGUUUGGAAGGUGUUACAUAACAAGACCUAGUUGAUGGCAAAGCAUUUUUUUCUGUAUUUUCAUUAAUCGAUUUUUAUUUAGGGUGUUAAAUUUAACAGUACUACUUACAAUCAUUAGGGACAUAAGUUUUACUUGAUUUUUUUAUUAAAAAGUGGAAAUAACAUUAUAACUGCACUUGAGUCUCCUCCAGUCUUUGUUGAUAGCAGAAAAAGUGCAAGAGAUGAACACAGAUAAACAUAGUUUAUACAACCAUUUGAACCAAAAUAUUUGGAAAGAAAUUUUUGUAAGAAAGAGAAGCAUUUUAAUGAUGUUGUCUAAGCUCCCAUAGAAAAUAAUGAAAAUGGAUUACAUAAUUAUUUAACUGCUCCAAACAUACGUAAUAAAGUAUCGUUUUUAGAAUUAUCAUAUAUAGAUUAAACAUCCAUUAUUUUUGGCCUUAAAAUUUUCAAAAUGUAUGACGAUCUAUCAUAUGAAAACUAUGAUAACAGACAAUCAUCUGAUAGAAUUUCAAAAAUAAUUAAAAUAAAAAUAAGGAUAAUCUGAAUAUAUCAUAGCUUUUUAAUCAAAUAACAAUCGAAUUCGUAAAAAAGUAUUUAUAUAUAUAUUAUAUUAGAUUGAAGAAUCUUUAACCUAAUUAUUUAUAUAAAGUAGUGUAAAAGUAAUGGAAAGAAAAUAUGUUGAUGAAUCAAUCUAUAAAAAAUUAGAUUAUGAUAUCAAAUCAUAUUAUGCAUCAUAUAAUAAAUUAGUUGAAAUGAUGAACAUAGCAAAUUCAGAAACUUAAAUAUAAAUUCAAAUAGAAGAAUAGAAUCAAUAAUAAAUCUAUCCAUAGGGUUAAUUCAACAGAUAGCAAUCAAAUGGAGAAAGAAAGUCAGCUUUUAGAAAAUUCAAUAAAGACUUUGAUAAAUUACCAACAAAAAACUUUUGUGAAUUUCAUAAUGAGGAUAAUAUUUUGAAGAAAGUGAAAUAAGAAGAGGAGUUAGAAAAUGGAAAUUAAAUGUUACCUGUUAAUGUAUGUAUUUAGAUUAAUUUAUUUAGAUUUAAAAUUUAUUAUUGUAAGAAUAAUUAAUGCAAUAUUACUUAUUCUAAUAAUAAUAUAUGAUUAAUUUGCUAUCUUAAUAGAUCUGA